UUCUCUUUAACUUUCAUCUUCUUCUCCGUCAACUUUUCUCCUUUUAUAUUUCGCCUCGGUUUCUUCGCUACCUUCUUCCCUAUUUAAAACUGUACAAUAUUUCCUUCUUUAUUCUAACUUUUCUCCCUCUUUUAAUUCUUUUUCUUUCCGCGUUGCUGCGUUCUCGUCUUCAGAAUGGCCACUGCUGUCUUUAACCAAGCCAUUGGGACUCUUCAAUCCAAUAGACUUUUCAACAGCUCUGGAGCUCAUCAUGAAUUUGGAAAUGUUCCGGCGAGAUUGACUCCAAAAGGUUUUAAAGUCAAUAUUGAAUUGUCAACGAACCGGAGUUAUGGGUUUGGCAAGAGGAAUUUUGGUGCAAUUCAAGCUUCAGCUUCUCCAACUUUGGUGGAUCCUGUUUCAUCCCCUUCAAAUAACAACACCAGUGACUCCAAAAAGAAAUCCAGUGAAGCAGCUUUGAUACUGGUUCGACAUGGUGAAUCUUUAUGGAAUGAAAAGAAUCUGUUCACAGGUUGUGUUGAUGUGCCAUUAACCAAGAAGGGUGUGGAAGAGGCAAUUGAAGCUGGAAAGAGAAUCAGCAACAUACCUGUCGACAUGAUUUAUACAUCAGCAUUAAUUCGUGCACAGAUGACUGCUAUGCUUGCCAUGACCCAGCACCGACGUAAGAAGGUGCCUAUCAUUAUGCACAAUGAGAGUGAACAGGCAAGGUCCUGGAGUCAAAUUUUCAGUGAAGACACUAUGAAGCAAUCCAUUCCCGUUAUAACAGCAUGGCAAUUGAAUGAAAGAAUGUAUGGGGAAUUACAAGGUCUAAAUAAGCAGGAAACAGCUUAUAGAUACGGGAAGGAACAAGUUCAUGUGUGGCGACGGAGUUAUGACAUCCCUCCACCUAAUGGUGAGAGUUUGGAGAUGUGUGCUGAAAGAGCUGUUGCUUAUUUUAGAGAUCAGAUUGAACCCCAGCUUCAAGCUGGAAAGAAUGUAAUGAUUGCUGCCCAUGGCAACUCACUGAGGUCCAUCAUUAUGUAUCUCGACAAAUUAACUUCUCAGGAGGUGAUCAGUUUAGAAUUAUCAACUGGAAUACCAAUGCUUUACAUAUUCAAAGAGGGAAAGUUCAUCAGAAGGGGAAGUCCAGUAGGACCAACAGAGGCGGGGGUUUAUGCUUAUACUAGGACUUUAGCUCAAUAUCGGCAGAAGUUGGAUGAGAUGCUUCAUUAAUGUCUUUGAAAUAUAGGGAUUUACCUCUUAUUGCAUCACAUCUGCAGUCCUGUUGGUGUCAUUGUCGGAUUACAAAGGAAGGAAAUACACUGGUGCGAAAGCUAGUUUAUAUGAAAUAUACCGGUAUAGAUAUAAACCAGUAGGUCAGUAAGUCGGCUAUUGCUUUGUGUACUAUUUUGUAGUAGUUGAUGUUACGAAGCCUUGGCUUUGUUCAGGGUAGAUGUUUGUGUCUGUGUGAAAGAUAGAGCUCUGUUAUAUGGACAGGAAUAAGACAAAAUUC